AUGUCUUUAAAUCAAGCAGAUUUAGCUAACUUAGAUGAAUCAUCCAAAAAGGAAAUCUUACAAUUUAUUGAAUCAGAAAAUUCUAAAACAAAAGUUCAAACUUCAAUUCAUCAAUUUACAAAUUUAUGUUUUAAAAAAUGUGUUAAAUCAAUUGGUGAUGGUCAAUUAAAUUCAAAUGAAGAAUCUUGUUUAAACAACUGUGUUAAUAGAUUCUUGGAUACCAAUAUUAGAGUUGUUCAAGGGUGA